CCGCCACAAACAGCGCCAGCCCCGGCACCGAGCCCGGGCCGGCCCGCGGCAGCGCCCGCAGCAUGUCCCGCGUGCCCGUGGGGAAGGUGCUGCUGCGCAACGUCAUCCGCCACACCGGAGCGCACAACAAGCUUCAGGAAGAGACAGAAAUGUGGAAAAUAAGGGAGUGGGAGAAGCAGACAGAAGAGACUUACUGGAAAAGGCAGAGCAGAAUGCUGUCAGACACCUCCAGCAGCCGCAUGCGCAGCGACGGCUUCGACGAGGAGGGGCACAGGGCAGACUGGAAACCCAGGAACCCACAGCUCCUUGACCUGGUGGAAGACGAUCUCCUCAGGGCCAGAUCCUGGAAUAAAAAGCUGUAUGAAUGUGAAGCCAACAUGCCAGACAGGUGGGGGCACAGUGGAUACAAAGAGUUGUACCCUGAAGAAUUUGACACAGACAGUGAUCAGCAGGAAGGAGAGGAGCAAAAUGCUGUCAAUGGGAAGAAGAGAUCCCACCUGGGGAAGCAAACAGCCCGUGAGUCCCACAAAAGGAAAAAAAACAAGAAAUCCCACAAGAAGAAGCAAAAAAAGCGCUCGCACAAAAAGAGGAAGAAAAAGAAAAAGGAGCAGGAGAGAAGUUCCACAGAUUCCUCCCGGGGGGAGAGCGAGGGCUCAGGAGAGGAGACUCCGAGCGCCCGCAGAGGAAAACACAAGCGCAAGAAAAAGCCCAGGAAAGUGCCUGCCAAGGAACCUACCUCUUCUUCUGGGCAGGAGAGUGACUUUUGCCAUGCAAGCAGCUCCAGCACCAGCAGCUCUGAGGACACUGAGUCCGAGGGGAGGAAGGAGAAGCGGCCCCCAAGGAAGAGGAAGAAGCGGCACAGCUCCGUGCCCGAGAGGCCGAGCGAGGUGCCCGAGAAGAGGAGCAAGAGGAAGAACUGGAAGGUGGCGGGGGAUGAGAAGUCUGAGGACAGCUCUGAUGAGGACUGAGGGGUCUGGGUGCAGCUCAGAGCAGGAGGGGAGGGCACAGGCAGCUCUGUGGCACUCAGCACUGCUCCAACACUGGUUUACACGCACGCUGCCAGCCCACAGGGAGCAGGGCUCGCCAGGCAGCACUGCAGGACAGCACCUACCUGCCCCACAGGUGGGCUCAUCCCGCCAGCUUGGCUGUGAUCAGGUUGUUUUGUUUCUGAAAUUAUGUUUGAACAGAUUGCUCUUUGGCUCACCAAAACAAUGGCCAGUAGGAGACAGGACAGGCUGGUAAAUCAGGCUGGUAGCAGAGGAAAUGUCACUGUAACCCCCACGGCAGUUUUGUCUUCCCAUCCUCCACCAAAAGCAUAUGGGGGCGUGCACAGGGUCAGCUGGACACGGAGGGGAACUGAGGGAAUAUUCCCAUUCCAGCUGAAGGGCAGUGACUACUUCUCUAAUGGUGAAAAAAGCCAGCAGUUUGCUUGGUUUAGACUCCUGUCCAGAGCCUGCUGUGGGCUGGCCACCGUGUCCACCUUCCUUCCUCCUCUGUGGGGAUGCUGAAAGCAUUUGUGCUGACAGAGGGGCCGUGGUGGGUGUUGUGUCCUGUCUCUGCUGUGCCCAGUGUGUUACUGGAGAAACUGGUACCAGGCCGUUCUCCCUGCAGCGAACAGCCAAGCCUUUUAAUAAAACAAAUA